GUUGAGUCAGUGAAGGAGUUCCUUGCUCCACCACUAGGUGGCAGGGAGUAACAAAAAUGAACAAAUGUGGAACCUUUUUCUUGGCAAUACCUCACAAAAAAAGGGGAUUUUCACAUAACCGAUACUUUCUAGGUGAGCUGUUACUUAUUGCCCUCAUACCUGAGCGACUCUAUUCAUGACUGCUAUCUAAUUAACACCAGAAAAUGCUCGAAAAGUGGAAUAUUUUGACUUGCACCUAUUUCAUGGGCGCAGCCAUCUUGGAUAGUUAAGCCAUUUCAGCCAAUCAGCUGUUGCCUCGUUCAGCACUUCGGUUGAUUGUGCACUUCCUGUGGUUUGCGAAGUACGUGGCGAAAAGAUGCGAUUUAUUUACUGAUCUUGUCCUGGUUUUAUCAUUAACUCCGAUCAGGGUCUUGUCAGCUUCAAAAUGUCAGUUACCAGAAGCUGGUCUCUACUGUUAGCUGUGCUAGUGGUGAAUUUCAUAGCUGUGUACUGUCAGGAGGCAGGGGUUCAACCAGAGCACUUGGAGGGACACCAGCAGACGCCAGAAUCAGGUGAGCUUAAACAAGAAUCGGUUGGGGAGACACAGCAUCAAAGUGGGGGCACAAGUGAUCAAGGUUUGCCUGUAGAUAACAGUCCUAAAGAUAACCGAGACUAUAAAGACAAUGUUGUUAAUGGGAAAGUUGAAGCAAUGGUUAUAAAAGAGUCUGGUGUGCAUCAGGGCCAGGAAGAGGUAGAACCAUCUUUACAUGAAGUGCCAAAAGAAAGAAAGUCUGAGGAGGUAGAAGAUGUGCUGCCUGAUGAAAUCACACCUGAAGAGUUGGCUCAUGAAAUGAGAGAAGAGCUGAAUGAACAAGUAAAAGGAUCGCAUACUGUCGAGGCACAUGUUGUUCCUGUUGAGGAGGUAUUACCAAAGAUGGUUGAGCCGCAUUCAACACCAGUAGAACAGAGUUUGAGCCGGGAAGGUGAUGACCAGACAAGAGAUGACGGUGUUAACUUGGCUCUUUCUCAAAACAUUGAUGUUGUUGAAGUAAAAGAAGACAUGUCUACCCUGUCUAAUGCAGGUCAGGAAAAGGGGGAUGUUAAAGAAAUUCCUAAUGAUGGUGUAACCCAGGAGGUGCCCAAAGGAAAAGCUGAUACCAAAUUACCAUCAGAAAAUAUGGGUGGGGAUGGAGUGCAAGUUGAGCCGUCAGUUGUUGAUGGGGCAAAAGAUGGUGAACCAAUCACUGUGGAUCCAGAUGGAAUGUCUUACGAACAUCACAUCGCUGAUCACCUUGAUACAACUGUUGAGGAACAAGUAGUCCAUGUGCGUGUGGUAGAUCAGUAUCCAGGUACACAAGAGCCUUCAGGGUCUACUGAUCCACCUCAAGAAGGAGGCGUCUCUUCAUCUGUGUCUGAGGAAGCUAGUCCAUUGGGGGACGAGUCUGAAGGUGGCACACAAGAAGAGAGCAGUACUGAGUCUUCAAAGAAACCAGCGUCUUCAGUACAGGUUGAGGAUGCUAUGAGACGGCCAGAAAGUGAAGUUAAUGUUGGUCAACAACAAACUGAUCAGGUUCCUGAAAGUCCCAGUGAUCCUGCUGAUGACAUUCUGUCCUCCCAGACACAGGUGAAUGAGGGUGGACAUGAAACGGUGCAGAAGGGAGGCAGUGGUGCUGAUAUGGCCCAAGUCGGAGAGGAUACUUCCCAGGGACCACUAGACACCAAUAACCAGGAUCAGCUUGACCGCAUGGACCACACCCUUGAACAGCCUCCACUUGAGAGUAUAGAGAUGGCACCAGUGAUGGAAGGAAUGGAGAACUUUGAGCAAGAAGGUAGAUGCUUCGGAGAAGUAGCCUUUGUUUUGUUUUGUUUCAAGUUCUGGUCUACUGUAGCUGACUUCAUGUUCUCUUGACACCACAUCAGGUAUUCAGGAACUAGGUGGAACAGGGAGGAUGAGGGGAGGGAAGCCUUGUAAAAAUUAUCGGGAAACUUUAGUACUAAAUAUGAUUAUAGAGAAUUAUCUAGGAUAAAUACUUUCAUAAAUCGAUAAACAGAGCAUGUUCUUUUUGGAAUUCAUGUCAUUUGCUUAGAUAAAAUGGUAUGUUUUUUUGUUCAAAUCUACAUGAUGCAAUCGGCCUUUAUUUGCACAUGCCCUUUGCCUGGUACUAGAAUUGGCCAGCAUUGUUUUCUUAGCAGUCGCAUUCUUUGCUGUUUAUCUUCUGCUUUUUCACUAGAGUUUAUCCUAAUAUACAUGUAUGUGUGUUCUAAUGUGAUAUCCUGAAGUGGUGUCCUGAGAAAGAUACUCCUCUUUCUAAUAUUCUAACCUUUUUUGUUUCCUGUUAAGUGAACUUAUUUAUUUUGCACAACUUAUUCUGACAAGCGUGCUUGACUCUCGUUUUUAGUGGCUUCUGUUUGCUUGAUAACUCUACAUGUACAUGUUUGCUUAUUUCAUAGAUUUAUUUCAAUUUAACCCUUUCAUAACUAACACCUAUGCAUGGAAAAUGAUCUACUGUUAAUCGUAAUGUAAAGCUUUUGAAUUAAUGAAUGGGUGAGAGUAUGCACAAUUGGUGGAACAGUUCAUUCCCAAAUGUACAGUGUACCGUGCAUUUGUAACUUGCCGUGGUGGAGUAAGAAUGGCUGGUUGAUGAUCAAACACUCAUCUUCUCUGUCAAGUACUUUAACCUCACUUUUCUUAUAAAUUCCAGACUUCUUGGGCUUGUUCUUGAUUACGAAUGGCAUGUCAUUUCUAUUUUUUCUUCUUUUCCCUUUGAAUGGCCAAUUACGUUACUUGUGGUGAUGAAUUUACUCUUUGUUUCGCGUCAUGUUUCUUUUUGAAUCAUUCAGCUUAAAUUUGUUAAUUCGUGCCGUUUGUUCAGUCAAGUGAAUUGUUGUUUGCAGUUGUUGAUUUCAGCAGACAUUGUCUGUUAAAAGGGCACCCUUUGGACUACAUGUGACAAAUGCUGUUCUUGAAGAGAGCUGCCCAUGUUGCAGAAAUCAAAUCAAACAUAAAGAUGUUGUCCUAUCAAAUGUAACAUUCCUUUGUAUGCAUGCGCUCUGACGGCAUUCAACAUAUUUGCAGUGUCUGUUGUCACAGUGCAUAACUUAUGGAUAGCUUCAGCUGUAUUGUUCAACAGCUGCUGUUAAUUGAUCUGUCCUUUGGCAUGUUGGAUCAAAACAAUCAUGGAUUUAUCCAACCGUUUUUGAAUGUCAGGGAUCCGAGCUGGAUUUAUCUCUGCCCUUCUAGAUAAGACUAACAUUCUAACAUGUAUAACAAUAACAUAUGUGUCGCUGCUUCAUGCUUUUCAGUCUUGAAAUUGAAUUUCUGCAUUUGUGCAUUUGUGCAAUUCGUUUUUUUUUCUGAUAUAAAAAACCUUUCAUUGAAUAACUUCAGGUAAAGAUCCCGUCUUUACAAAGGUACUGACC